AUGCUGGUGGUAGUGGUAGUGGUGACGUCGGUGAUGGUGGUGGUGCUGACGACGAUACUACUGGACCGUACCGAUGCUGUCGGAGUUGAAGGUGAGGGGGCAGUUAACCAGUGACGUCACGCUUACGGCGACAUCUGGCUCGGCACUAACCACCGGACGACACUGCAGGACACUGGACACUACACUCCUAUAACGCUAACUCCGAAUCAAAAUUACCCUUGCCGGAGGUACGAGAGAAUCUACGAGAGAGAGAGAGAGAGAGAGAGAACGAGAGAGAGAGAGCCCGCACACACCGGCUGCUUUCAAUUAAUUCUAUCUUUGACACGUAUCACCCGAUCCAUCGACCUUUAGAUUCAACACGAUACUAUUCUGCCACAAAACUAACGAAUAAUAGUGCGUCAGAUAAAUUCCAAGAAAGAUGACAAUUUAAACGAACGAAGUCGGAUACUUCGGGACAACUUUUCUCCGUCGUGUAAAGCCGGCUUUGCGUACACGUCCCUCUACCAAACGUGGCUAUCAAUUGCGGCUAAUCCUUCGUGGAGAUAGCGGAGAAACUGUUGUCUCCGCGUUUUCCCUAACGCGAUUCUACGACAUUACCUCGAUCUUCGUUAAGCAGACAAAAAUAGGUUGUUCUCGUAGGAACAUGAAUAUGGCCGAUGGACAUUUCGUGUCCAGCCAAACCGCAGGAGCGGUCAUGUAUAUUAGAUACCCAAUUCCGGCGGUAAUCCAGCCAUAAAUAUCUUUGAAUUAUAUUUUCCAACGAGUUGGACGGCACCACGGACGAUUUGCUCUAGUUGCUACAUCGCGAGCUAUCGCACCGUUCUCCACCUGUUGCUACAAAAAUGAAAAGGAAAUCGUCCAAGUAGAAAUGGAGAUAUACGUCUUCUCUCUUUCUCCAUCUUAUAAGAGAACUUCGAAGUCGGAGCCGCACAAGUUUCAAAGCCGUGGCUAAAGAGCAAAAGCCGUUCUCGCACUCGUUCGAAGCUUAAGGAAAAAGCUCUCUGGCAGAAAGAGAGGAGAGAGAGAGAGAGAGAGAGAGAGAAGAGAGAGAGAGAAAGAGAGUCAGUUAGUUCGGUGGGGUAGAGCGUCGAAUCGUAACCACCCCCAAGACGUGCCCUCUUCGGGGGGUGUCCUAUCGCCACCGGGAGCUUAUUCCGCCCCUUAAGCUCUGGCCACACCCGCAACCAUGCGCAGUUUCCACCCAUCGUCCAAUGAAAGCACGAGAGCUUGCAAGCUCUGCUCAGCGGUUUUCGAGUCGAGCCACUCCGGCAAACACCACGUGCCACGCGUCCGAGUUGCACGUGCACGUCGCGGGGCUACGCCGAGCUUUAAAGCCCGUUCGGGAAACGCGAUUUAACGAAAAUUUCGCGCGCGUUCGAUAGAUCCUUUUAAAAAUAUCCGAUAAUUAUCUCCCGAGAUUUCUACGUUUUCUAUGAUUUUAUUUCGACGUCGUUCGUUCGUUCAUUCAUUCGUUCGUUCGUUCAUUCGUUCGUUAUUUCUUUCCUUUUAUUUUCCUUGAUGGUUGACAACAAGAUCGACAGUUAAUCAUUCCAGUCCGGAGGAGAAGGAUCAUCCUGAUUACCCGGAAAAACGAAACUAGAGAGAGAAAAAGAUAGAGCUUGACCGACCUGUUGGUGGUGUUCCUCCAGAUCGACAAAUGAGACUCGAUUAGAUCUCCGACGGGGAAUCGGAGAUAAAAAGAUGAUGAUGGACGUGAGCAAGAAUGAACCAAGUAGUAAAAACGGGGCGACUCAGCAAGAAUGUGCUGGUUGUGGCAAGACUAUCACGGAAAGGUAUUUAUUGAAAGCCUUGGACUUGUAUUGGCACGAAGACUGUUUGAAAUGUGGUUGCUGCGAUUGCAGACUAGGAGAGGUCGGUUCUACGCUUUAUACAAAGGCCAAUUUAAUUCUCUGCAAAAGAGAUUACUUGAGGCUCUUUGGAAACACCGGCUACUGUGCGGCAUGUAACAAAGUCAUACCAGCGUUCGAGAUGGUAAUGAGAGCAAGAACUAACGUCUAUCAUCUGGAAUGUUUUUCCUGUCAAGAAUGCGAUCACAAAUUUUGCGUGGGCGAUCAGUUUUAUCUCUAUGAGAAUAAGAUUCUCUGCGAGUAUCAUUACAAGGAGAGAGUCUAUUUCGCCAACAUGCCGCAUCCUCCGCCGAACGAUACUUUAGCGCAUAUUAAAAGACAGGUCACGCAUCUUCAACCUCAAACGGUACCUGCUGGAGGUCCUCCGAGACAGGCGAAUGGGGAAACAGCCCAUAACCACAAUGGAUAUCCAGCACCGGCUACAUCGAGCGCUCACAACGUCCUGAACCCCAUGAAUAAUUUAAAUGGUAUCAAUGCGCAAGCACCGUACGAUGCCAAAUGACAAACGAAAUAAGCGCCGAUAUACACGCGUCUACGCCUACUACCUAUGUUAACACCUAAACUUAACAUACAAGAAUAACAAACAUAUAUAUAUCUAAAUAAUAUAUAUAUGUCGAAUCGCGAGAGUGCGUAGUUUAUCGUCGUUGCUAUCGGUCCGUUUCGUUUUUCCGUUUUAUUCGGAGCAUCGUCAUCGGUUCGAGAAGAGAUAAAAAAGGAUGAUGGAAAUCGUCGUGAGAUUUUUUGCAAAGAGAAGAGAAGAGACUCGUCGCGAUCGAGUCCCCACGCUAAGAUCGGCUACGAUCUAUCGAUCGUACGAGGAAACGAAAGCAAGGAAAGAUCGCGAUUACAUGCCGGUGAAAAGCUGAUAAAAUCGAUCAUUUGCGAUCCCUUUAGCGCUUUUCUUUUUUUAUUUUUAUUUUUUUUUUCUUUUUGGAAAAAAGAAAAACGAAAAAAAAAAAAAGAAAAAAGAGCGAUUUCGUUCUGUAGAUAGUACGAGUAUUAUCUUUAGGAAAAGGAUAAAGAAAGAUAAUAAUGAUAAUAAUGGUGCUUUUUUCGAAGUGUAUCGACUGUUCGACUUCUUCGAUUACGAAUUGUCUCAUAUAACCGGUGAAAGGAUAGUUAACAAAGUGUAUAGAAGGGGGAAAAAAAAAAAGG